ACAGCUGACGGCUGCCGCACGUAAAGACCACUCUGCUGUUCCGUUUCUUUGCUUUUUGGUCGUUCACAAGUCGACGCGGCCUCCUCCUCUUCCUCCUCCUCUUCCUCCUCCCUCGCUGCUUAGUUGAAGUCUGCGUGCAAACGGAAAGUUAAAUAAACAAAUCUCCUCCCUUACUUAGACGGCAAUGGCCUCCGUUGUGCGAAGAAUCAUCAGCACCGCCAAGGCGCCCGGUGCCAUCGGGCCGUACAGCCAGGCCGUGCUUGUGGAUCGCACCAUGUACAUCUCAGGACAGCUGGGGAUGGAGCCGCAGUCGGGCUCGCUGGUGGCAGGAGGCGUUGCCAACGAAGCACGCCAGGCUCUUGUGAACAUGGGUGAAAUCCUAAAAGCAGCAAACUGUGACUACAAUAAUGUCGUGAAGACGACGGUUCUACUUGCAAGUAUGGAUGACUUCGCAACUGUGAAUGAGGUGUACAAAGAAUUUUUCAGCAAGAAUUUCCCCGCCCGUGCCGCAUACCAAGUUGCCGCGCUUCCAAAGGGCGGAAAGGUGGAGAUUGAGGCGAUUGCUGUUUUGGGCCCCUUCACGGAGAGCAACUUGUAACAGUCUGCCAGAAAUACAGGGUGAUCUGAUAAAAAAUUCCCCCCCUCCCGCCACUGAUUUCUAAUGAACCUCUUACUUUUCAUCACAACAGCCGACGGAAUAUUGUGAAAGCGACGAUGAUUCCAUAUUUUACAGACGAGUGUUAAAUCAUUGGAUCAGUGGUAUUGAGAUUCUGAGAGAGACAUUUAAAGUUUUUUAACGUAAAAUGUUGUCUCUAUAAUGUCUCCCUGAUGUUUUAGCAGGGUAGCUGUAAUGUAACACUGUAUAAUGUGUCUCUUGUGAAAACUAACAUCUCGUAUAGACAAUUAAUUAGACACUCUGGUCUGUAGACAUUACGACAGAAAAAUGUUUGUAUUCCCUACAAAAUAAACUAAAAAACUGUGUAA